AUGGGAGCGCUCGAGGAGGCGCACCUCGCCGCCUGCGGGUGCGGCGACGAGGAGGAGGAGGGGGAGGAGGAUCUCCUGGCGGAGCUCGGCGGCGGGGAGGCGCCGGGGGACGCCAUGGAGCCGGCGGUGCGCGCGCUGCUGGCGGGGCUCGGCGAGGACGACCGCCGGGAGGGGCUGCGCAGGACGCCCAAGCGCGUCGCCAAGGCCUUCCGCGACGGCACCCGAGGUUACAGACAGAAAGUAAAAGACAUUGUGCAGGGUGCUCUGUUUCCUGAGGUUGGUGUUGACAAAAGGACUGGUUCUGCUGGAGGAACUGGAGGGCAAGUUGUUGUUCGUGAUAUCGAUCUUUAUUCAUACUGUGAGUCUUGCUUACUUCCGUUCAGCAUACAAUGCCAUGUUGGAUAUGUGCCCUCCGGUGGAAGGGUUGUUGGGUUAAGCAAGCUUUCAAGAGUAGCUGACGUCUUUGCCAAGAGAUUUCAAAACCCUCAGAGAUUAGCUAAUGAAGUUUGUGGUGCAGUGCAUGCUAGCAUACAACCUGCUGGUGUUGCUGUUGCUAUGCAGUGCUGGCACAUACCGUUGCCGGAGAACUUUAAAUGCAAAAAUUCGCGAGCUUUGAUUAGAACUUCACAUUCAUCUCGCUCGGGAGUUUUUGAGGGUGAGAACAGCUCCUUCUGGAAUGAUUUUUUGGCUCUUCUUAAGCUUAGAGGCAUAGACAUGGAGAUGGACAGCCAUUCUGCUUCUUUAACUUGGUGCCCCUUAAGGCCUCAUGAGGUUCCGCUUUGCAAUGGGCACGCAAAGAGGAUUACAACUAAUGGUGCUAGCUCAGCAAAAUCUGCAUCCAUUCCAUCUAAUAUGGUUUCUGCUGUCAGCUCAAUGCUCUUGUCUCUUGGUGAGGACCCCCUCAGGAAAGAACUUCUAGGCAGUCCUCAGCGUUACGUGCAAUGGCUGAUGAGGUUCAGAGCAUGCAAUCUUGAUGUGAAGCUGAAUGGUUUUACACUUAACAGUGCAAGUGUAUAUGAGAGACCAGGCGAAGAUGCUACUGAUCAUCGAGCAAUUAGUUCUGAGCUGCAUUUGCCAUUUUGCGCCCAGUGUGAGCACCACCUCCUGCCGUUCUACGGAGUAGUGCACAUUGGUUACUUUGGCAGUGGAGAUGGUGAAGGGAUCAAUCGCUCACAUUUUCAGGCUCUGGUUCAUUUCUAUGGGUGCAAGCUUCAGGUCCAGGAAAGGAUGACAAGACAGAUAGCUGAAGCAGUUUAUUCAGUCUCACAUCGUGGAGCCAUAGUUGUUGUAGAAGCAAACCAUAUCUGCAUGAUAUCAAGGGGGAUAGAGAAAAUCAGAAGUAGUACAGCAACAGUUGCAGUUUUGGCAAGGCAGGCACUGCGACGACUAUAUAUAUGGUUUGAAGUUGUCAUGCAGCUAUGGCAUGGUUGCCAUUUUACCAGCCAUUGCAGGCGGGAGCGACCAGGACCUCGUCACGUGGAAUGUUGUGUCUGA